AUGCCACGCGCCAACUCACCAGCCAAGCCGGCAGACCCUCUCCGCAACCCCAAACUCCUCCGCGCCCUCGACGACCUCAAAUCGUCCUCGCUCGACGACUACACCAUCAUCAAACUCAGCGAGCCCAUCUCCACCGCCGACCCCUCCACCUCCUCCCUCCUCACCAGCCGUCACAGCCACCACCCCAACAACGACGAUCUCACAACCAACACCACCACCGCCCCCCGCACCUCCGACGUCUCCACCGCCUCCUCCUCCGCUCCCACUCCCACCACCCUCGAAGCCGACCUCUCCCACUACCGCGAACUCUUCGCCAAACUGCGCUUCUCCUACGUCGAGCAAGUCACCAAGGAAAAAUUCAUCCGUGCCAUCGUCGGCGAUCCGCCGCUUAUUGUCUCCCCGCAAGAGAAUGCUGAUUUGGAAGCGCGCAAUGCGGCGGCGAAGGCGGAGUUGAAGAAGCUGAAGGGGGAGGUGGCGGGGAUGGUGGGGGAUUUGGAAGUUAGGGGAAGGGAGUUGGCGGGGAGGUUGGAGAGGGUACGGGGGGAGAUGGAGGUAGCUGUUCACUUACCGGAUACGAUCGCGGAACUGGAGGCCCGCGUGGCGGCGUUAAGGGAACAGCAAAAAGAGAGGUUGGCUGCGGUGCCUGGGUCGAGACCGGAGAUGGCGAUGCCGUUGGGGAGGACGCGGGCGGUGGUGGAGGAGAGAAGGGGGGAGUUAGGGAGGGUGGAGAGGGCGGUGGAGGUGUUGGGGGGACAACAGGUGCCGAGGAAGAGGAAGGAGGUGGAACGGUUGAGGGCGGAGGUAGGGGGGUUGGAGAAGAGGAGGGAGAAUAGUGCGGUUGCGGCGAGGGAGGCGAAGAGGAGGAGGGAGGGUGCGCAGGGGGGGAUGGAGGAUGAGUUGGAGGCUAGGGGGAGGUGGUUUAGAGCUUCCGAGGCGGUGUUACGGCAGGUGUUGGAUUUGAAGGGGUAG